CUCUUCCGAAUGCGUGUGAGGGAGGAGAAGCUUCACCCGCAGCCUCAGCCCAGCCAGGAGGAUGAGAGCGGACCCUCGGCCGGGGAUGAAGGUCACAGUGAGCCUGGGACGCAUCCGACAGCGUCUGACAGCCAAAACUCCAUUCCCGAGGGACGCGAGGACGUCGGUUCAACCCCGGAGCAGGUGACGGGGGACCACGCGUCCGACUGCGACAACUCCUGGGAGAUCGUCUGCAGCGAGCCAGAGCUGUUGCCAGCGGAUCCGUUGGUGGGAGAUGGAGACGACUGCGGCGGGCAGGCCACCAAAUCCCUCAGCGGACACGAGGAUCCUCCACAAGAUGAAAUCCGGGUCCAGCAGAUGGUGGCGCACCACUAUGCACCGGUGGAGGAGAAUUACCAGAAUGCUGGUGUCCGUCCGAAGGGAGCAUCGGAAAUGCAGGAGCAGAAGCAUCUCAGGAGUCCGGCGAAGGUCCCGGCUGACGUUAAGAGAGCAGAGAUGACAAACGAGGGGAACCUCAACCGCGCAGCUGCAGAUCCCCGGGGGAUCAGAGAAGGGCCAGGACCUUCCAGAAGGGCGGGAGGUGACAACGUGGGGGACACGCAACCACCGGGAACGUCAGCCAAGAGCCGACUGCAGUGGAUCUGCCAGCCCAGCCCAUAUCUUUUUGGUGGAUGUUACCCAAUCCAAGACACGAUGACCCUGGAGUUCGUUGCUGUGCUGUCAGAUUCUCAUCUUGACGAAAGAUUCAAGAUCUGUGUUGUCUUCUACAAACAGCCCGGCCUCUGCGAAGAAUUCGCCAAAAUGGAGAAAAGAGAGAAAGUGCUCACGGGCAGAGCCAGGAUCCCCCUUUCUCACCUGCAAGAAGGACUCAUCUUUUAUAAAUACGCCCUCGUUAACAUCUACAGCCGAGACAGAGAGUGUGAAUUAGAGCACAUUUCUUUAGAGAACUCUGACAUCCCAGAGACCUUCAAGUACAGAAAGGCUCGAUUAUUUCGUGUCGUGAAUAUACCUAAAACAGAGAUCAAAGCGGACGGAACAUGGACCUUCUUCGAACACUUGGAAUGCGAUUUCUCCAGCAGCAGUACCAGCCUUUGGAAAGCCUUAUACAAAACGGUGUCCAGGUGUGAGAUCCAGAUGGAAUACCUGGCGCACAAUUUCUUUGCUCAUGCUACCUCCUGGAAUUUCCUCGAGGAUAUGGAGAGGAAACUGGAUAGGUACAAGGAGAGCAUCAAAACCUGUCUCGGGGACACCAGGGAAGGAGAAUGCUUUGAGAUCAUCCACAGUUCGGAUGCGAAAGCGGUGAAAGACGGUAUCAAAUCCUUCGUACAAGCAAUUAUGAAGAGCCUGAAGACCGCGGAACAUAAACUUCUUAAGCUCCUGUUUGCCUUUCACGUCUUGUUUCGCUACGACGUCACCCUCCCCGCGGCGUCCAUUGCCAAGGCCGAAAAGCACUUCGAGGCCAUCGAAUUCGUCAACAGCGAAUACGAAGAACUGAGAGGAAAAAGCAAAUACUUCCCGGCUCUGAAGGAAAUGUGUCUCAGGACCACUGAUGGCACCUUGUGGAUCUGGUUGGUCCCGCUGCUCUACGCAAUCAAGGAGAAGACCGAAGACCCCUUUCACCCCUAUGAACCUCCUUUGCAUGCCUUCGUACAGCUGAGAGGGGACAAAGAGAAGCAAAGGGAAGUCCUGAAGAUGAUACAUGCUCACAAGACCUUGAUUAAAAGAUGUGCUCCACUGGCGAAGAAAGUGCUGGAGAUGGUGGCUGUGAGCAACUUCACCAGGGAUCCUUUGCCCGACAUUUCCUUUCCGCUCCAGCUCCUCUUGGAGACCUUGUACGUGCGCAUCCUGGAUUCCCAAGUGCCUGAAGACGGUUUGAACGUGGCUUUGGAAAGCAUCGCCACCAGGAUGGACGUCUGGUUCAAGGGCUUGUGCCCAUCGGGGUCUUCAAAGCCGUCGCUGAAGCCCACGCAUGAGCAAGAGGUCUUGCAGUGUCUGAAUUUGGUGUACAUCUUGCUGAGGCACGUUUUGGAGAGGCUGGCGAAACUGGUGUUGUUCAGCUCCGUGAUGAUAAUGCUGCGGAUGCUUGGGAUGUUUGUCAGCAAAGCGGAUUUACUGCAAGCGAACAAGGAAUUCCAGCAGUUUACCUCAGCAGAAAGGUUUAAAGAGUUUUCACGUUGGACCACGCCGUGGCUCGAGAGACACUUUCACAAGGCACCCGUGGACGAGAAAACCUUUCUGAAUAACAUCGAGAUGUGGCAGCAGCUGCUUUCGCUGAAGAUCCUCUGCGUGGGAUGGACCAAGGAGUGGCGGAACUUGAUCCGCAACGCGUUUGAGAAGUGGCUGAAGAAGGUUAGUGACAAACACCUCCUGGAAUUCUACUUGGCUUUCCUGAAGAUGGAGAAGCACCGUGAGACGGAGUUGGAGAGCUGCUUUAUGAAUUGCAUCGUCCAGUGGAUCAGACGCCUCGACAGAAGCGAGGAAUCCAUGCUAAAAUCCAUGAUGCCCAUGUUCCUCAAGAUGAGCAAACCAGUUGCUGGGAUGGUGCUUUCUGUUGUCGUGGAGAAAAUGUGUUCGGUGGUGAAGAGGCUGGGAAGCACCAACACAUUUGACGAGAGCACCGGCCCCGUUCUUGCAAACCUGCUCAACGCUCCCGGGGUCUGCGAUCUCAUUUCUGCUGUCGAAGAAUUGGAGUGCAAGUUUCCGGUUCAGCUCAGCGACGGUGCAGAAAUCCUCCUUUCCCGGGUGUACGCGCUCUUCAGCUUCGUGGGACGUCGCGUUCUCUUGGGAGAUAUUCCCUGCAGUAUCCUCUCCGACGUCUUAAAGCAUGAGGAGAUGUUUAAGAAGCUGCUGUGCACCUGCAAUUCCUCUUUCUCCAAGUGUAUAACAGAAGUGCUGAGGGUCAGGAAGCGGGAGUUUGAGCAACUGGAAGAGCAGAAGCAGCAAAGAUGCUCCUUUCUCCGUCUGUGCCGUGGCAUAGAGGAUAUAAUAAAAGUGGAUAGAAGUGCCGUGGAGAAAAGCAUCAUGGACAACGAAAGUUUUAAGGAUCAGAUGUCGGUGAAGAAGUUCUCUAUCGAUGGCAAGAGCGAAAUGGAACCCCACGUCCUCGCCAAUUACAGUGACAUGAUGCAAAAACUUUAUGUUGUGGAGAAAAGCCAAUGUUUCCGUAGGCUGUGGAAGAUGAGAGCGGAGCAAACCAAAGCCGCGAUCCCUGAAGAUCAAAUUUUGUCCGUAGAAGAUGUUCAAGAAAAAAUUUUUAAGCCAGCCUUCGCUGACUUUCAGAAAACCUACCUGUCCCUCAGAGACUUCUCCAUCACCCUGGGGGCCGUGCAGAGCCAGUUUGAGAGGGUGCUGGGAGAGAAGGAACAGCUCCUGGAGGAGUUUGAAAUCAUGGAGGACAGCGUAGGGGCAAGGAACAGAGGAGCUCGCUGGAUCGCAGGUGCGGUGGAGAGGAUUGAAAACUACCUGACCCUCUCGAAAGUGGUGAACACCGCCAAGAUGAUCGACGCUUUGAGGCAGAUACUUCGGCUGGAGGGGGAUUUCCAGAUUCUCAGCGACCUGACGAAAUACGAAGAGCAGGAAUUCAAGAAUAAGCGACUUGAUUUUAUGACCGAAGACUUAAUGAGCGUGAAAAAAAGUUUGAGUGACAUUCCCCGGGGAGUCUUGGACUUUUUGAGGGUACUUCUGGAAUGUGCAAGGAAAGGUUUUACCUCCUGGAUCAAGACCAUAAUAAAAGACAGGACAGAAAUCCCCGUAUUUGUGGAGCUGGCAUCGAUUUCUGCGGGUGAAAACGACAUGGAUAUUGACAGAGUGAGCUUCUUCCGUGAUGCCAUGGCUGCUUCUGCCCCCAUCGUAUUAGACCUGAGUCCCACAGCUGGGUUUGACCAGUUCUUGGCAGCUCUGUCUUUCAUCAGAGAAGCCAUCGCGAAAGACAGUAAGCUGCCCAAGAAACUGAAAGACUCCUGUGACAACAGAGAAUGGAUACAGAUGGUUCAUGACUCUCAUGGCUCUGUGGAGCGUUCUUCAAUCUCUCAAGCCAGAAGCAUCAACAGAAAUGGGAUUUUUACCAUCUUGACACCUCCGAAAUUCAAGGCUACGCUGGAGGACUGUGUCUCGUUGAAACUGCUGAAUGACAGAGAUGAGACCGCAUCUCCGGCAGACCAGAAGGCCAAGAAAUACAGUUUGUCUCAGCUCACAGAGCUCCAGAACAAGCUUAUGUUGAUCGCCACCAAGGUUGAGCAGGGCAGGGAGGAGGCAAACCGUUUCUUGGAGACAACCGCAAGUUCAGUCAGCGGCGAGGCCAGCAGCGGCAACGGAGGGCCGGGGAAGAGCGGAGGGACCGUGCAGAGCCGGCGGCUCUCGGUGGACGCGGCGUGGGCGUUGCUGGGGCAACCGCGGGAGAUUUGA